AAGGACCAUCGCUCUCGUUUCUGGGGGGUGUACAAGAGAGUCGCGGAGGAGCACGACGGCGAGUUCCUUGAGCGAUACACCAGUGACAUGGACAUUGUUUUGGUCUUCUCUGGUCUUUUCUCUGCUGUCAGCACGUCUUUUAUUGUGGCAAUGGAGUCCAAUCUCAAUCCCAACCCCAGCGACACGACGAAUGCUCUUCUCACACAACUCGUACAAAUCGGACUCGGGAACCUCACUGCAGCGGGUACUGCGGCCGCAGCACCAGGAUCUACGUGGUCGCCGUCGCCGACGACUGUAUGGAUCCAAAUGAUCGCAUACGCAAGCUUGUCCAUGAGCUUGCUCGCUGCUUUUGGGGCUGUACUGGGAAAACAGUGG